CUGCCGCUGCUGCUGCUGAAUAUUGCAAUGAGCCACCGCGCGCCCUAUACCCGCCCGGCGAGGGGAUUUCAUCAUAGCGCGCAAUCCACGCUCCCCGCCCCUCCGCCCUGCCCGGAUGCAGCAGCGAGACCCCCGGCCUGCACGGCUGCCUCCGGCGGCUGGGGCGGGGCAUCCGAAAGGAGGGCGCAACUCAGACCUUUCUGACCCGGCACGACAGAAGGGCUCUCUGAGGAGGGCAGAGCGAGUGCACGGGAAGAGCAGCGAAAAUGCAAGGCCAGGAGAGAGGCGGCGGCUGUGGAGCGCUUCAGGAAACAUCCUCUCCAGAACAGGUGGGUCUUGUGGUUCUUCAAAAACGACAAGAGCAAGACCUGGCAGGAGAAUUUGCGACUUGUCACCAAGUUUGACACUGUGGAAGACUUUUGGGCGCUGUACAGUCAUAUCCAGCUGGCCAGCAAGCUGACCUCAGGCUGUGACUACUCCCUUUUCAAGGACGGCAUUGAGCCUAUGUGGGAAGAUAACCGGAACAAGCGGGGUGGCCGUUGGCUUAUCGCGUUGGCCAAGCAGCAGCGGCAUACAGAACUCGACCAUUUCUGGUUGGAGACACUGCUGUGUCUGAUCGGAGAGAUGUUUGAUGACUACAGUGAUGAUGUCUGUGGUGCUGUCAUUAACAUCCGUGCCAAGGGGGACAAGAUUGCAAUCUGGACCCAGGAGGCGGAGAAUCGGGAUGGCGUCACCCAUAUUGGGCGGGUGUACAAGGAGCGCCUGGGCCUGUCUUCAAAGGUGGUGAUUGGUUAUCAGGCUCAUGCAGACACAGCCACCAAGAGCGGUUCCCUCAUGAAGAACAAGUUUGUGGUGUGAGCCACUGUGAUGGAGCCUCGCAACUGGCAGGAUCUCUGG